GUUCAAGUCAAAAUCUAUGGCCCAUACAACAGGACAGUGUAUGGCAACGAGGUAUUGGUGACAAUCGUCGACCCUUUCUCCCGCUGGAUCAUUGCCCAGGCCAGUCCUGAGGCAGGUGUGGAAGUCUGCUGUGCCAACUUUAUCUUUGAUGCAUUCUGUCAGUUUGGAUUUGCACAAUGUCAUGUUGUUGGCAUGAGUUCUGAAAUGUUUGAGCAGAUGCAGGCAUGUUACAAAGAAAAAUUUGAUAGAGCUCAAGAUGUUCUCCGAAGUUUGGUGCCCUUCGACUCAGAGGAUGCCCAGCAGAGUUUUCUCUUUACUCUUCAAGAAGAAUCCCGAGAAUGUUUUUGGGCAGGUGAAAUGUUGGAUCAUUUUUGUACUGAGAAUGCAACAACGUGGGAUCAAGAAAUUAGCCGUUAUCUCUUCCAGUUUCGCACCAUGUCAACCUCCAUUGGUGGAGUCACCCCCUUCAGUAUCAUGUUUGCUCGUAAUCCAACAGGAUAUGUAAGUGAGGAAGAAAAAGAGAACAUCAAUAUUCUUGAAGAGGAGAAAGCACUGGAGGUUCCAUCCAAGAGGAGACGACUGCAAAGCUCUACACUGCAGUGUCGCCAUUGCCAUGAAACAUUUACCAGUAAGAUCAGCUUUCGUAUUCACCAACGCAAACACACGGAGGAGGCUCGAAAGAGAGGCACCAUGGACGGAGAAGAGCCGCUACGACCAAUCCUUCAGGAAAAGAAACCUCAGCCCCGAAAACUCUUGGCACGCAAACGAAGAAGACCUUUUGGGAGAGGCCCUGAACGACUCCUGACCCUUGCCUCAUCUGACUGGUCAGACCAGCAAAAAGAAUGUGUUCCAAAUGAUGAAAGUCGUCAACAGUUAACCCACAAUACAGUUGUGGCAGUUAAAGCUCUUCUUAAUGCCACAAAAGAGGAACGAAGCAAGCGGGGGAAGUACAUAAAGUAUACACCAGAGUUACGAGAUGAGAUUGCCCAGUACGCUCUUGCAAACGGCAAUCAUGAAGCCACAGUGUACUGGUCACAUAGACUUGGUGGUACAGUUAGUGAAAGUACUAUUAGAAACUUUAUUAAGACAUACAAAAGCUACACCCCAGAAGUUAAGGAAGAAAUUGGAAAGUUUGCAUUUCAUUAUGGCAUAGACGGUGCCUCCAGACACUUCUCUGAAAAAUUAGGCCAUGAAGUAAGAAAAGGAUUAAUAAGAAAAUUUAAAAAGAAUUAUUUAAAAAGAUUUCCGGAAAUGAGUGAAGUUGUAGGGGAACUACAAGCAGGGACAACUGGGAAACGGGGAGGGAAUAUACCUAACAUAUCUGGAAGGCAAAAGCGCUCCUUCUCACUUCAGAUGAAAGAUGAAAUUGGACGAUAUGCUACUCAGUUUGGCAUAACUCCAACAAUCCAACACUAUUCUGAAAAACUCCAAUUUCCCCUUAAGGAAUCUACUGUGCGCAAAUUCAAGAAACAGUUUGUAGACCGAGGUAAUGUUAGUGCUGCUGCUGGAAGUGGUGGUGGUGCAGGUGAGAAUGCAGCUGUUGUGGGUGGUGGUGGCACUGUAUUAACUGACCAUCAAGCAACAGCUCCCCAAACUAUUGAUGUUCUUCACCCAUCUCUCUCGGUACUGAAUGCUCCAGCAGUCUCUGGUACUGUAAAUGUCAGUACUGCUAACAAUUUUGUAUAUCAACACCCAUAUCAUUUGAACAUGGCACCAGGACCGCAAGCAAACACUGUUCUUCCAAUGAAUCACAAUUCUCUAGCUUUCCAUCAAAGUGGGGUUAUUAACCAAGGGAUGGCUGCCUCCUUGUCUUACCAGCAACCUGGAGCACCUCCUGGAUCCUCAGUUAUUAUGAACCAAAGUUUUACACAUCAAGCCCCUACAGGGUUUCAGCAGGGUUAUGUUGGUGGGUUUUCUCAGGGUGGCAGUGCUGGAGGAUCAGUAACACAUGGUGGACAAAUAGCACCCCUUGCCAUGACCCACACAAGUGUAGCGGCUACUAGCAUGGCACAUUCUCCUCUACCACUCACUAUGAGUGGGGCACCAGCUACACACAUUUCACAAUUAAGUCAUCACAGUGUAGGUCCCUCAGUAAGUCAAGCUCAUCUCACCCAGGCCUCUACUGUGUCCCACACUGUUGCCAGUGGAGCACAGCAUCCAGCUCACCAUCAGUUAAUUGCAUCAUUUCACCAACCUCUUGCUGGCUCACUUAGUUUUGAAGGUACUACAUUACAAGCCCAUACACAAGCUAACUUAAACAAUGAACCUCUCAGUCUCAUGAAAGAAACCCAUGAGCAGCCCACUGGAGUUAGCCUUGUAGCCCAGGGGGAUGAUAGUCUUCAUGCUCCUGGUACAGAUGUUAAUGUACCCCAAGCAGGUCUUAGUCACAUGGGAGAACAACCUGGCCCAUCUGAUCAACAGGAAACUAUACUUGGAUUAGAAGAUGAAGAUGAAUAUAGUGACCCUCCCACACCAAGAAAAAAGAGACAAAAGCCCCGUACUAAAAUAAGAAAAGGAAAUACAGGCCUCAGUAAACGAGGUAAUUAUGCUUCCUACAGCCCAGAACUCCGUGCCGAAAUUGGAAAGUAUGCAGCAGAGCAUGGUAAUUUAGCUGCAGUUCAACAUUUUAAAGAGCAACUGGGUUUUGAAAUUCCUGAAAGCACUGUUCGAGGACUAAAGGAUAAAUAUCUCAUAAAGCGCGUUAGGGGCAAGAAGGAAGUAGUGUCUAUUGGGUUUGCUCAAAGAGGAAGGCCCAUGAGAUUAGGAAAAUAUGAUGAGAUUGUUCAAGACUGCAUACGAGAACUGGUCAAGGAUGGAGAAAAGGUUUCUUCAUUUUUGGCGAUUGCAACAGCUAAGCAAGUGUUGAUGCAGUAUGAACCAAGCCUACUGGAAGAAUAUGGUGGACCUGUCAAGUUAAAUCCUACCUGGGCAAAGAGUUUCCUUAAACGUAUUGGACUCCAUCAGUUAGCAUAAUACUACUGUACUGUGAUGUUACACUAUUACUAAUCAGCAUGAUGAUCUCAGAAUAUUGUCUCAUAUUAAAAGUGUUGUAAGAUUUUGAUAACAUAUUUACUUAUUGUUAACUUGUUAUCUCGUUCCAAAGGAUGACGUAAAAGUACUACAGUAUAACCAGAGAAAUGUUUUUAAGAUAACUAAUGCCUGACAAUGACUACCUCUUAUUGCUACCUCCAUUUUUUAUGCACAAAGUAUCUAUGUAGUUAUAUCUGCUAACAAAGUUACCGGGUGAUUCAUGUUGAAUUAUUACUAAGAUUGGUUGCUAGGAUCUAGAAGAACAUUAUUUCCUAUGUAACAUAUGGUGCAAAUCUUAACUAAUUUUUGUACAGCAAUUAGAUUCUUGUACCUAGUUGAGAUAGAAAUAUUAUGUGACUGAUGUUUGGAAAGAAAACUGCAUAUCUAUUGUUGUAAUUGGAACAUAAUUGAUACAAGAAGAAGUUAAUUGGACAGAAAAGAGUGAACCAUUUACCCUCAUUAAAUGAUAUUACAGUAUCAUGACAUGUUACAAAUACAGAAUGAUAUGAAGUAGAAGUCAAUCAGGUUGGUGAUGUGUUUCAGCAGACAGCAUUGUAACACAAGUGUUUACAUAUCAACAGUUUUUAAUAGUGAAUAUUAACUGAAUUAAAACUCCAAGGUUUUCUUCCCCUACUUUUUUAUGCACUCUUACCCCCUUUUCACUUAAUAAAAUUGUCUGGCAUUAGCCAAAUAAAAUAAUAAAAGUGGCAUCUCAGUAGUGAAGGGGUUAAUGUGUCAUGAAGUUUGUUCAUUUACUCACACUCAAACAUUAUAGCAAGUGUUUAAACACAUUGUAGUAAUGAAAAUGCAAGAUACAAUAUGGGAAGUUUCCUUACAGUAGUUUGAAAUAUGAUAUUGAAGAUUUGGUUCUUAAAAACAAAUUCAUCUAGAGUACAAAUUUACAUGUUUUACACAUGUGACUUGUGCUACUAUCUGCUCCUAUGAGAUUAAAUUAAAACCUGGCCUAGAUGUACCUUGCGGGAGUCUCCUUUAAGUUAACAUAUGGAAUUUCACUGAAAUAUUGUGUUUCAUCAUAUAAUAUCACCACAAUCAUCAGCUAUAAAUCACCAUCAUCAUUUUUAU